UUCGCCACUAGCACGGCGUGACUUUAAUUCCGGUUCCGGUUUAAUUCUGGUUUGGCUUUCAGUAUUCAUAAGUAAAGAACGAGAAGUUUACCCAAUACGGCGUCGUGUACGUCCGGCCCUAAAGGUAAUGUGUCAAGCUAAAGCAAGCAACUCUGCGGGGGUUUUCAGAAACAUGUGUUUUUUGAUUUCAACUUCCCAGCCAUUACGGUAGUUCUGUUUGUCUACUCUGCUGCGAGGUAAGCUUUUCAUGUGAGUAGUUUUGCAAUACCGACCAAUCGCAAACCAAUAUUUUGAUGUUACUUGACAAGUUGGGUAUACGCAGCCCUUCUAUAUGGACAUCAAUAACAAAAAGCUAGGUAGAAAGAACGGUUGCAUGAAGAGGCUUAGAUCAAAAACUUUAUGACGUUUAGUUAUAUUAUAAAACGAUAAAGCUGGUGAAUUCUUCAGAUUAUAUAUGAACAUACUUAAAUGAAUUCGUAAAUGAUUCAUGCGUGAUAUUAUAUAUCUAUCCAUAUAUGGAAAUUUCGUUAUUCGUUCUAUCACACGUGUGGUAUUCAUCAAAUUAGAAAUCGAGACACCUGUAAUUGCACCAUAUAUCUCACUCUCGUUAAUACUACUUUUUGGGUAGUAUUUUUCGGCCAUAUUAAAUGGCAGAUGCAUCUUGUGAAAUGGAAUUGCCGGUACUUGAAUAAUGACUGUUCUUUGAUUGUAACACCUCCGUAAAGGCACUAUUCCUCAACUCAUUUCCAUGGCCAUUCAAUUUCCAUGGCCAUUCAAUUUCCCAUUGAUUGGACUAUACAAUAGAUCUAUCGUUAAGUGUCAAAUCGGCAACGUAAAUGUAAUUCCCCAAUCAUAUCACGCCACAGAGCCUAUUGGUAACCCUGAACGGUGCACUGACAGAACGUUGUGCUUCUAGAACAGAGGUUGGAUAGAGAUACCAAGAAGAUUCAGAUAUUCUUCUCAGUUGCCGAAGGAAACAAACCCGAAGGAAAGAAAACCAAAGGAAAGAGCAAGCGGUAACAAAAUUUGUUAUUAUUAACAACUUUAAAGAUGGAUCAAAGAACAGCAAACGACUUGAAAGAAUCAGCAGCAAGUGUGACCAUGCAUGGAUUCGGAAGAUUGCUUUCGACCAAAUCAAAAGCAAUGAGAUGCAUCUGGUUGUUGCUAAUUCUUUUCUUCGUAUCACUUGUAAUUUUGACAGUGAUGCCAACAAUUCGGGGCUACUUCAAAAGCCCGUCUUUAACAAAAGAAGAAACUGUCAGGGUAUCAGAAAUGAAGAUUCCAGCUGUAACAGUAUGCGGGCCAAGCCUUAGUAAAGCUAAAGUCACAAAAUUCGCAAAAGAGAAAAACAUAACCGUUAAAUAUAACUGGCUUGGACGUAUAGACAACAUGGAUGACAUAUUAUGGAAAGCUUCCUCUCUAGAAGAUCUAGCAUAUGAUAACAACACCAUGUUUAUUAUCACCCCUGACAAACAUGACAUUGCCAUCGAAAGAGUACUUGUGGCCAACCAAGGUUAUUGCUACAAAGUAAAUGCGAAUGGAACUGCCAUACAAAAAUCGGUUAAUCUUGGGUUCACCUUCGAUAUUAUUUUAUUUGUAAAUUUAUCAAAUGGAGUACAAUUUAAUACCUCUCCAACAGACGCCGUUCAUGUUCUCAUACAAGAUCACAAACAAUUUCCGUCUCUGGAUUCUGGGAGAAUUCUUGCUCCAAUCGGCCAUCAGACUUUUAUUGAAAUGAAAAAGACCGAGAUUACGAGGCUUAAACCUCCUUACCCAUCAAAAUGCACAAAUGGCGAAAACAUGAAGCUGCUUUUCAAAGGUGAUUAUACAGUUAGCAACUGCAGAUUGUCUUGCCUCCUUAGCCAAGUUUCACAAAGAUGUUCUUAUAUAUUCGCUUGGCAUAGCCACCUUUUACCAAAAGCGAUGAGAAAGCAACUAUCAAGAAAUCAAAGCGAAGCUUCAUGCUCUUUGACAAUUACUGAAAAGCUCCUUGAUUCGAAUUACGCCUCCUGCAACUGCGAGCUACCGUGUACAGAAACGAAAUUUCGCAAGUAUUCAUCAACUGCAAAGAUGACAUCAGAGGACCCAAGGAUCCAUAAGCACAUCGUUGUAAUCAGCGUCUUUUUUGGGGGUAUGGAGUAUGAGAAAAUAACUGAACUUAAAAUGUAUACUACUGAAAGGUUUGUUGGAGAAAUUGGAGGCCAGAUGGGAAUAUGGAUUGGUGCAUCAAUUUUUUCUGUAUUUGAGCUGAUUUAUUUGUUAAUCCAGUUUAUUGAUUUUUUAUGCCGGAAGAAGAGAAGAAAAUCUUCUAACCUCGAAAAAGGGGUCGCAAAAGAAGUGAAUGAUUCUGUUUUUUGAAACGUUUUAGGAUACGCUGUUUUCCUAUUAAGGUUAGGGCAAACGUUUUUGACACGAUAUUUGGUUUUCUCUCCCUAAAAAUCAAACUAUUGAUGGAAUCAGAUUACACUAUACAUCAUUCGAUGCACAAAAACAUGGUGAUUCCAACCAUAAUUAUAUUAUAUUUUCCAGGCAAAUUAUUGCUUAAAUGAGUAAACCACCUUCAAAAGCUAGUUUGUACCCUUGCGUUUUAGGUAUCAAAAUCUGACUUAUAUCAGCAGAACGCGCAGAUCCUAAGCUACCAAAAUUUGUCUGAGAUUUUUCAAAUUCCUCCUCCCCUUGAAACUGUACCCUGUCAAAAAUUGGCAAACAAUUUUUCUUCCCUCUCAUAGCUGUAUUUGGCUAUAAAAGACGGACCAGAGCAAAUCCAAAAAUUUUGAGACACUGUUUGCUUACCCGACAUCUGUCCUGGCCGUGGGCAAAUUUUUGAGCCAUUCGAUUGACUUCUUGGGUACACAAUAGCUUUUUCUUACCUGUAUGUAGAGGAUUUGUGGGUUUGGAGAAAACGAGAUUUUACUGAUCUUGCUUGCAAGGUACACUCGUAAACAACGUAAUCCGGGUCAAGUCACUUGAAUCUUUAAGAUCAAUAAGCUUGUUUAAAUAAACACGGCCGUACAUGGGAUACAUGGAUGUGCCAUGCGAUAUUUUAAAUGAGACAUGCGACCACAACCACCGCAAAGCAACACUUAACAGGUCAAGAGAUUUUCAGGCCUCAACUAAAUGUUCUGAUAAAGAAAUUAUGGAAACCUUCGUUUACAUGGCAUUUUUUCCAUUUUCAAGAUUUCUGUUCGUUUCAAUGUUGGUAUCAUUGUGUGCCUUGAAAGUUCAACUACUUGAAUGUGAGAUAAUCGAAAAAAGGAUGUUUUUCAUCCAGAAAACGUUUACCGUAACCUUAACGUCAUAUGGUUCAUUUUGCGCAAUUCAAUCUGGGCUUGGUAGUCACGGCGCUACUCGUAAGCAGCAUUUAAGCCUAGCGCACACUAGCU